GGAUAACAAGAUACACAAAGGUCGGAGGGCAGAUGCAGACCUCCAGUGUGUUUAUAAACAGGUAAGCAGCACAGUGCCUCACAGUCCAGUCAGCAGCCGCUAAGGAGUUCUGCAGGACCUCACUUUAACCAUGAAAUUUUUGGUAGUGUUGUGUUUGAUGGCGGUGGGUGCCCACGCCGGGUAUGGGAAACAUGGCAUUGUUAUGCCCGACGGCAUCAAUGUCCAGUUCACUCACGACCAGUCCGAGAACAUCCUUCUGAUCGGGCCCUCUGGCGCCAUCGCGGCUGACGGCAAGCACGUGCAGCUGACCCGAGAUGGACUUCCCGCCACCCGCACCAGGCGUGAAGUGCAGCUGCAGGGACCCUCCGGUGUGAUCUUUGUGGACGGACAGAGGAGGCAAAUUCCUCCUGGUGUGAAAAUCGUCCUCAUGACAGAGGCUGGCGCCGUCCUCUCCAAUGGUGACAACGUCCAGUUCCGCAAAAAGCGUUCCUCCCCCCUCAUUGACUCUAUCAAGGGUCCCUCAGGCUACAUCACACCCACCGGGAAGCUGUUCCAACUUCCUCCAGGCGUCACUGUCGCCAUCGAGGGAGAUUCCAGCGCCCUCCUUUCUGAUGGAACUGCAAUCCAGUUCUUCCGGUAAUUCCAUUUCUCCCACUGACGACUCCGCCUUGUUACCGAUCUGACAAAAAGUGCAGAAAGCCACACCAGCGUCAGCAUAUCCACUGACCUAGACUUCUUGGAUUUCUAUGUAAAUAUUCCAUAAAUUCAAAACUUACACAA